CAUUGUGUACUUAAAAGUGGGGUAUGCCUGUAAACACCCAGUCCAAAUGUUGAAUGUGGUUUUAGAAAGUUUUAGAAAAGAUGAUGAUAUCCUCCGGGUGGAUCAGUACUGCUUUAAAGCUGUAUCCUCUCAGACAUCGCUCCAUCAGUUUAUGAAAAGUACUGUUUGCCCAAAGAGCAUGCAAUUGUUUUGUAGAGUCCCAGUGGUGUUAUAAAAGCAGUUUUUUGUUCCCUUAGGAGCCACUAGCCAGGUACAUGGUGGAGAAAGGUGUCCUAAGGCCAUUAAGGAUUCCUCUACCCAAGGCAAUGGGUAGGCAUCCCGAUUUGUACAGGCAUUAAGUUUCCAAUAGACAACACAGAACCACAAGCUGCACUACUACUUGUACUAGAACAGGAGUGAUCGAGGGGCUAUGGCUCUCCUUCAUUACCCUGUUUUGCAGCAUAUUGCAAAUUAAAUCCUUAACUUUUUGACACAAAGCAGGCAGUAAGUGCUCUCAUCGCUCCCGGACAGGUGUGGCAUUCUCUGUGUGGAUGGGAUGAUCUAUGGCUUUGGUACAUCCAUAAUCCUCUGGAAUAGUAGCAAAAAACAAUAUGUGUUUUUUCCAGCAGCUGAUGGAGAAAGCGCUGCUGGGACAGAGGAUAGUCCUGAGAGGGGGUAGACAACUGGUCAAGCAGCUUUUUUGCUUGAUAGUGCUCUUUAUUAGCAUUGCCCUCACUAAAGAUGAACACAGAGGUCAGCCAGGGCAGCAGCUUCCAAUCGGACCGUUGCUCUCCUGAUGACGUCUAUGGAGGCUUCAGAGGAACAAAGCUCCUCUCAACCGUCAUUCCCCUAUACACAGCGGCCAGCUCAACAGUGCCACCAACAGUGGGGAGGAUGAACUGCAUCUGCCUACAAGCACAACACCCCUCAUUUAUUAAGCCCUGGAGAAAAUGCUCUUCCAGAGUGCAAUUGCACUUGGAAAGUGCACAGUCUUGCCUAGCCUUUAGUAAAUCAACCCUAUAGUGUUUAAAAUGGUAGUUUGAUGUCUUGCCAAUGACCUUUAAUGUCGGAGAAAUGUGGAGCUAAAUGUCUUAUUACAGGUACCAUUAAGAUGAAGGUUGCUGUGAUUGGAGCAGGGACCAGUGGGCUUGCAUCCAUUAAAUGCUGUUUAGAUGAAGGACUGCAACCUGUUUGUUUUGAAAGAAGUGAUGACAUUGGUGGACUUUGGAGAUACACACCAGAGGUGGAAGAUGGCAGAGCCAGCAUUUAUGAGUCUGUUGUUACCAACACCAGUAAAGAAAUGAUGUGUUACAGUGAUUUUCCCUUCCCAGAAGAUUAUCCUAACUUUUUGCACAACACCAAGGUGGUGGCGUACCACAGACAAUAUGCUGAGAGGUUUGGCCUACUAAAAUACAUACAAUUCAAGACAUUGGUUUGCAGUGUGAAAAAACAUCCCGAUUUUCCCAGGACUGGUCAGUGGGAAGUUGUGACAGAAAAAGAUGGAAAGAAGCAGGCAAGCACUUUUGAGGCCGUCAUGGUCUGCAAUGGACACCAUACAGACCCACACUAUCCAUUGGAAAUUUUUCCUGGAAUAAAUACAUUUAAAGGAAAAUACUUCCAUAGUAGAGAGUAUAAAACAUCCAACGGUUUUAAAGGGAAGCGGAUUCUUGUUGUAGGAUUGGGAAAUUCUGGAGCAGAUAUAGCUGUGGAACUUAGUCGUACUGCAUCUCAGGUAUAUCUUAGCACUCGGAGAGGUUGCUGGGUUAUGAGCCGAGUAUUUGACCAAGGUUAUCCAUGGGAUAUCUGUUAUGACACACGGUUUCAGACUCUGUUGAGGAACAAACUGCCAACUUCCACUUCUAUAUGGCUGACUGAGAAGAAAAUCAAUGAAUGGUUUAACCAUGCUCACUAUGGUCUUCAGCUUAGAGACAGUAAUCACUUUAAAGAACCUUUUGUUAAUGAUGAACUGCCGAGUCGUAUCAUCUGUGGAUAUGUGGUGGUGAAGCCCACGGUGACAGAGUUCACUGAAACGUCUGUGAAGUUCGAUGAUGGGAGCAUUGAGGAAAACAUUGAUGUUGUUGUCUUUGCUACGGGAUAUCACUACUCAUUUCCAUUCCUUGAUGAAUCCAUUAUAAAGGUUGAUGACAACGUAAAUUUGUACAAAAGUGUCUUCCCUAAAAACUUGGAAAAGGCAACACUGGGUGUCAUUGGUCUUAUUCAGCCUAUUGGUGCGAUCAUGACAGUUUCAGAAAUGCAGGCUAGAUGGAUAACAAGAGUCUUUAAAGGUUUGUGCAAAUUGCCGUCACAAGAUGGAAUCCAGAAGGAUAUUGAACUAAAACAGAAAAUCUGUUUGAAAAGGUUUGGUAAAGACUACAGUCUUGAGUUGGAUUACAUUGAAUAUCUGGAGGAACUAGCCCAGGAAAUAGGCUGUAAGCCUAAUAUUCUAGGACUGCUUGUAACAGAUCCUGUUCUAGCUUUCAAACUAGUCUUUGGACCAUGCACGCCAGCACAUUACCGCUUGAGAGGACCAGGGAAAUGGUCAAUGGCCAGGAAGCAAAUUAUGACUACAUAUGAUCGGGUACUAAAACCUACUAGGACCCGCGUGGUUGGGACCCAUGAAAAUAAAUCAUUGUCAAUAGUUUAUGGCCUGGGGGCACUGUGUAUUCUUUCUCUGUUGUUAGCUUUGGCUAUGUACACAAAAUAAAAGGAAUAUUAAUAUUGUUGCAUUAUUUUUUAAUCUCUUGCCCCCCCUCUAAACUGUAAUUUUUUUUUUGAAUCUGCCACUUCCUGUAUGCGCUCUCUAAACAGACCACGAUAACCAGGGCUGUCCUGCCCUGAUCACCGUGGUCAAAGUGCCUCCCUCCAUGAUAGGCUGCUCUGCUCUGCUCUCCUCUCUCCCCCCUUACCCCCUCUCUGUCUGUGUCCAGCCCGGCCCGGCCC